CUAGCCCACAGGGUUAGCGUCCUCAGAAGACCCGUUUGCGUGAGCGUGGAGCUUAGGGGUGAGCAAGGGGAUCGGCGCCUAAACUAGAACGCAAGCAAGUCUAGCGCUGCUUUGCUCCUUGUGUGACGAGUAGUUGCACUCAAGGGCACUAUUAACCGAUCUUGUUCUGCUGAAACAUGGCAACCAUCUCGCUUCGUCUCGCUCCAUUCACUGGUGUCGUCAGGGAAGCAUCGGCACUAGUCAAUUCAACCGUCGCUCCGUCGCGUCUAGGUCGUCAGCUUCGUGCUUCACCUCUCACUAGAAACGCGGAGAUUAUUGGGGAUCAGAGGUACUUCAGACGAGAACCUACAGCCGCCGCCCUUGCGUCUCAAGGCGAUGUCUCAACUGAUGGCCUGGAGCUCACUGAAGAAAACGUCGAGAAGGUUCUUGACGAGGUUCGACCGUACCUGAUGGCUGACGGCGGUAAUGUGGAAUUGUACGAUAUCGACGGUCUCGUUGUAAAGCUGCGGCUUCAGGGUGCGUGUGGCUCGUGCCCGAGUUCCACAAUGACCAUGAAGAUGGGGAUUGAACGGAGGCUGAUGGAAAAGAUUCCAGAAAUUGUCUCUGUCGAGCAAAUUACGGACCAGGAGACGGGCCUUCCAUUGGACGAGGAGAAUGUUGAAAAGGUGCUGUCUGAAAUCCGGCCAUAUUUGGUGGGCACGGGUGGUGGCGAGCUGACACUAGUGAAGAUUGACCCUCCUAUUGUGAAGGUCCGGAUUGAUGGGCCUGCAGCAGGGGUGAUGACUGUCCGUGUGGCUGUCACUCAAAAGCUGCGGGAGAAAAUCCCAUCCAUCGCUGCUGUACAGUUGCUUUAAGGAGAUUAUUGUUAUGAUGCAGUAUGGAGUGUACUCAAGGUAUCAGCAGUAUCUUCUGGGUUUUUUCUGAACAUAGCGACCCAUGCUAUUUCCAGCUCCCAAGUUUUCAAAACCGCCCUCGUCUGAUUCACCCUAGCCACCGGUACCGUCUUCCACAUCAUACACUGGACAUGAUCAUCGUUGGUUUAUCUACCCAGACAGUGUUGAGGGGGCCCAUGCUGGUUUAGGAGAGCAGGUUUUAAGAGCUUUUCAUGUUGUGCGCUGAGUUGCACUGAGGAAUGUUCCUCCCUUUUUACCU